AGUUUUGUCGUCGACGGUCAUAUGAUUUAGCGAUUGUCGUGCGCCACACCUGCCCUUUCGCGUGUGUCUCAGGCUCGAGCCGAGCUACUAUGUGAAUACUUGUCCCGCAAUAAGUCCGUAUUUGAACGUCAAUUAUCGCCAAGAUGGGUAACAGAUCGAGUCUUCUGCUGCGCGAGGACGAGAUAGCGCAGAUUCAGAAUGCUACUGGCUUCAUGCCGAAUCAAAUCGAACGGUUGUACAGCCGUUUCACGAGUCUGGAUCGUGGGGAUUGCGGAACGCUCAGUCGAGAGGACUUUCUCAGGAUCCCGGAAUUGGCAAUAAAUCCGCUUGGCGAGAGGAUAGUGAACUCUUUCUUCGAGGAGAGUGGCAACGAUAGGGUGAAUUUCUUGCAAUUCAUGCAGGUGCUCGCCCACUUCAGGCCCAUCAAGAAGAACAGCCCGAAUCGAUUAAACUCCAGACAGCAAAAGUUGAAAUUCGCAUUUAAGAUGUACGACUUGGAUAACGAUGACCUGAUAUCGAAGGAAGAAUUGCUCGCUAUCUUACACAUGAUGGUCGGGACUAACAUCAGCGAGGAACAGUUAACCAACAUUGCGGAGCGGACGAUAGUCGAGGCCGACGAGAAUGGCGAUGGCAUGAUAUCGUUUGAGGAAUUCUGCAAGGCACUAGAACGCACGGACAUUGAGCAAAAGAUGUCCAUACGAUUUCUCAGUUGAGCCGAUAGCUGCUGUUUGUAUAAAGUAUUAUAUAGAAUUUUUCGGCGCUGAAGAGAAUUAUAUUGUACAAUUCCGUCAUGCGCUCGUGCAAUAUAUAUAUUCAGUCUAUGUAAAUAAUUACAACAGGGGAAGGUAUGUACUUGCUAUCCGGAUUGCGCAUGAUAGAGAAUUAGUAGAGUGACUACGAGAUUAUGUAUAAUAUAUAAUAAUGCUUCUACAUUCUGCAUUCAAGACUGUGGAAUAAAUUCAACCGAAUGCUGGACAAGCACACAUUGAAUGUACACGAUAAUUAAUAAAUUAAGGGGAUCCUGGUCGUCUGUUUUA